UAUAAUGUUUUUAUUAGUGCUAAGUUUCAUAGGCUGUUUAGGAUUAAGUGGUGCACAGAUAUUACAGAAUGGACAAUGUGACCCGCAAAUACCACUUGUGCAAAAUUUCAAUUUGGAAAAUUUCGAAGGAAAAUGGUUCGUUCUCAGAAGAGCUGCAAAUCCAACAUUCAAAGGAGAUUGCGCGUCUUUAGAAAUUACACAAAACAGUACCGCCAUAAAUUUGUACAACAGAGUUGUUAACGAGAACUUUCUAGAAGAAGUGAGAGGCACAGCUACCGUAGAAAGUGGAACAGCGAAAUUUACUAUCACAGCUGGUUCUGAGACACUCGACUUUUGGAUCCUGAGGACAGAUUAUGAAAACUUCGCACUUGCUUACUCGUGUGUGAAUCAAGGACCAAAUCAAAGGAAUGUAUACAUAUGGCAGCUUGGAAAACGAAACGUCUUUCCAAACGACUUGAUGGAGGGACUAAUGAACCAAACUCUAAUCACAGUCGUGGAUAUCGUCCUAGAAGACUUGAUUCCAGUUGAUCAUUCAGAGACCGCAUGCACAACACUAUCCGAAAUACCUCCAGGGCAACCUAUCAUUUUUCCAGGACAAUGUAACGCUAAUAUGGCUGUGGUCGAGCAAUUUGAUGUUGCACGGUUUAUGGGAGUAUGGCAUCAGGUUUCAAGUUACUACUCUGCUAACGCACUUGGCACUUGCAAUAGAGCUGAAUACACACUGUCUGGUGGCCUCGUGAAUGUUGUAAACAGUCAGGUCGUUAACGAGAGAUUAGAUACUAUAAGUGGAACUGCACAACUGAACAGCACAGACAAUAGCGCGAGGCUUUUGGUCACAUUAGAAGUAACUCCUGGAGUAAUCGUGGAUAGCCCGUUAUGGAUACUAGCGACCGACUACACGAGCUACGCAAUUUCCUAUACCUGUAUCGACCUCCCAAACAAUCAAAGAAGAGUGAACGCAUGGGUGGUGAGUCGCUCCAGAGAGCUGACCCCGGCUGCUGAACUCGCUGUAAACCGAGUAAUAAGAUCGGAACUGGAUCUGAACAAUCGUUACUUCAACAAAGCUGAUCAAAGUAACGCUGGUUGCUUCUUCUUCCCCGAACCGGACGCGAACAGACCAGUGACAUUCCGCGGUCAGUGCGAUGAAAGCAUUCCGGCUAUGCCUGCGUUUGAUCCUGUUAGGUACAUGGGUCUCUGGCACAACAUCGAGUCUUACCCGUCAUUAUUUCAACCCGGCACUUGCAAUAACGCACUAUACACUUUAAAUGAUGGCAUCGUCGACGUCUUCAACACUCAAGUGAUCAACCAAAGGCUGGACACAAUCAAUGGUGUCGCAACACUCGCCUCGACUGACGGAUCCGCUAAGCUGAUUGUUAGCUUCCCUAUUGCUGGUACCAAUCUGAACACUUCGACCGACUACUGGGUGCUAGAUACUGAUUACUCAUCUUAUGCCUUAGUAUACACCUGCUUUAACAUAAAUAAUGACGAAAAACAAGUUAUGAGCUGGAAAUUAAGCAGAACGAAGCAAUUAUCGAGCACUGCUAACGCAACAAUAAAUAAUAUUAUAUCCACAAUACGUGUGUUAGACCAACGGUAUUAUGUUGAUAAUGACCAAAGUACAUCUGGCUGCUUCUACUACCCCGAACCCCAGCCAGAAGUUCCUGUAGUGUUCCCUGGACAAUGCGAGAAUACUAUUCAAGCUACUAGUAACUUCAAUUUAACACGGUUCCAAGGAACGUGGUACGAAGUCCAAGCCUACCCCAAGGAACAGCAGCCGGGGCAGUGCAUUUACCAUACCUUCACUACCUCCAGUAAUAAUGGCUUCAGCCUCAUGACAUCUAGUGUCAACGAUCAAUUCUUACAAAUCAGCAACAGCAACGUGCUUCUCGCUAGUAAUGAUGGUAGCGCCAGAAUGACAAUUACCAUCAGAGUAAAUAAUCAAGAUAUAGUCAUCCCGUACUGGAUCUUGGACACUGACUACGAAAAUUACGCUUUGGCUUACAGCUGCGUUAAUGUUAAUCAAGAUUUUAGAGCAGUCUACAGUUGGAAACUCAGUAGAACGAAACAACUAUCGCAAGAAUCAAACGUUACGAUAAGCAAUACUAUUUCGAGAGUAACCGUUCUGGAGGAGAGAUAUUACGAAGAUGUUGACCAAUCAAGCACUGCCUGCUUCUAUUUACCAGAAUUGCCUCCUGGCGAACCCGUCAUAUUAAACGGCCAAUGCGACCAAAACAUUCCAGUCGUGCAAAGAUUUAACGCAUCUGCCUACCUUGGACGUUGGCGCCUCAUUGAAAGCUACGCGAGCGACUUCCAAAAUGGAUCAUGCAAUGACGCAACAUACACCUUAUCAACGGACGGUACUGUGCUGGUUUACAACACGCAAGUUUUGAAUCAGGAAUUAUAUACAAUCAAUGGUACAGCAGUUCUGGCUUCCAAUGACAACACCGGAAAACUCCUCGUCACCUUCCCUAACGCGCCUGGACCGAGCGAAUAUUGGAUCCUUGAUACUGACUACACAUCGUACUCUUUGGUUUAUAGCUGCCAAAAUAUCAACAAUCAACAAAGAAGAGUAUGGAGUUGGAAGUUAAGUCGUACGAGGGAAUUAACUCCAACAGCAAUUCAGAAUAUGAAUCGCAUUAUAAGCACCGUCGAAGUUCUGAACAACCGAUACUACACAGCAAUAAGUCAUGCCGAUAACGACUGUUUCUAUUAUCCCAUCGCUAGUCCCAACACACCAGUCAUUUUCCGCGGCCAAUGUGAUACCAAUAUCAAUGUCGUUUCCAAUUUCGACGCCGUAAGAUAUGCGGGCUUAUGGCACGAUACUGCAUCUUAUCCAACGAGAUUCCAAGAAGGCACUUGCAACAACGCCUUCUAUACAUUGGUCGACGGUGCCGUGGAUGUGUUCAAUACACAAGUCAUUAAUCAAAGGCUUGACACUAUGCGAGGAUCUGCCAGACUAGCAACGACUGAUGGAAGUGCUAAACUCAUAGUUAGCUUCCCUAUUGCUGGCACUGACAUGCAAACUGAAACUCCGUAUUGGGUUCUUGCUACGGAUUACGCAUCGUAUGCGCUUGUAUACACCUGCGUCAACUUAAACGAUGAAUACCGUCAAGUUUGGUCUUGGAAGCUAAGUAGAACAAAGACUUUGGCACCGAAUGCAGUGACUGCUAUCAAUAAUGUCGUCAACACCAUCCCAGUGCUUGACAACCGCUAUUAUGAAUCGAAAGACCAAAGCAGAGAAGGUUGCUUCUACUAUCCGGAACCUCAGCCGGACGUGCCAGUCGUAUUCCCUGGCCAGUGCGAUUUGACUAUACCAGCUAUAGCCAACUUUAACAUGACAGCGUUCCAAGGCAAUUGGUACGAAAUUGAAGCGUAUCCAAAAGAUCAGCAAACUGGACAAUGCAUCAACCACCAGUACUCCUCGCCCGCUAACAAUAUCAUGGAUCUGGUCUCAUCUAGCAUCUUGAACCAAAUUCUUGGCGUUACCAACAGUAGAGUGACGUUCACAUCGGCUCAAGACUCCAGCGGAAGAUUGACUAUCACACUAACAUCUGGUGGAUCAGUCAUUACUAUACCAUUCUGGAUCCUCAGUACGGAUUACACCAGCUAUGCCUUGGCGUACAGCUGUGUUAAUCUAAACGACGAUUUCACUGCAGUAUACAGCUGGAAGCUCAGCAGAACUAAACAGCUAACUGCUGCAGCUAAUAACUCAAUCAACAGUGUUAUUGCUAAUGUAGUCGUGCUGGACAAUAGAUACUAUGAAAGAAUUGACCAAUCAGAUGAAGCUUGCUUCUAUCUUCCUGAUGCGGUACCCAAUCAGCCAGUAGAGUUUGAAGGUCAAUGUGACGAGAACAUUAGUGUAGUACAAGCCUUUAACGCUACUAGAUACCUAGGAAGAUGGCGUCUAAUCGAAAGCUACCCAGAACCAUCUCAAGUGGGUGAAUGUAACGACGCCACGUACAGUCUCAGUGCAGAUGGCUCCACCGUGGACGUCUACAACACGCAAGUUAGGAACCAACAGCUCGAUACUAUUAACGGCACUGCUGUUGUAGCUUCAAAUGAUGGUAGCGCUAAGCUAUUAGUAUAUUUCCCUGGAACGGCCACUCCAGCUCCCUACUGGGUCUUAGAUACGGAUUACGACUCCUUCGCGCUAGUUUACAGCUGCAGAAACUUAGACAACAACAGACGCAGAGUAACAAGCUGGAAACUCAGUCGAUCAUCACAACUAACAGCUAACGCAGUGGAGAGGAUUAACCAAGUCGUCAACAGAAUCAAUGUCCUGAACAGUCGUUACUACGCGCAAGUCGACCAGUCCGACGCCGCAUGCUUCUACUAUCCCUCUCCUGGUGUUGGACCUGUCAUCUUCCGGGGACAGUGUGACGAAAAUAUUCCGGUGGUUACAAACUUCAAUCCUGUGGCAUAUAGCGGCUUGUGGCAUGACACCGCUUCUUAUCCAACACAGUUCCAAGAGGGCACGUGCAACAACGCCCUGUACACACUUGUAGAUGGUACUGUGGACGUAUUCAACACUCAGGUCAUAAACCAAAGGUUGGACACUAUGCGCGGAGUUGCCAGACUGGCGACAACCGAUGGAACCGCGAAACUUAUAGUUAGCUUCCCCAUUGCUGGUACACAACAAACCACCGAAACACCCUAUUGGGUACUCGCUACGGACUAUCAGUCGUACUCCCUCGUGUACACGUGUGUCAAUAUUAACUCGGAACAACGACAAGUUUGGUCUUGGAAGCUAAGUAGAACAAAGACUUUGGCACCGAAUGCAGUGACUGCUAUCAAUAAUGUCGUCAACACCAUCCCAGUGCUCGACAACCGUUAUUAUGAAUCGAAAGACCAAAGCAGAGAAGGUUGCUUCUACUAUCCGGAACCUCAGCCGGACGUGCCAGUCGUAUUCCCUGGCCAGUGCGAUUUGACUAUACCAGCUAUAGCCAACUUUAAUAUGACAGCGUUCCAAGGCAAUUGGUACGAAAUUGAAGCGUAUCCAAAGGAUCAGCAAACCGGUCAAUGCGUCAACCACCAGUACUCCUUGAGCUCCAAUAACAUCUUAGAUCUGGUCUCUUCUAGCGUCAGUAAUCAAAUUCUCGGCAUUACCAACAGCAGAGUGACUUUUACCUCGGCUCAAGAUUCUAGUGGAAGGUUGACCAUUACCCUUACUUCUGGUGGAUCAGUCAUUACUAUACCAUUCUGGAUCUUAAAUACGGAUUACACCAGCUAUGCCUUAGCGUACAGCUGUGUUAAUCUUAAUAAUGAUUUCAUUGGAGUAUACAGCUGGAAACUUAGCAGAACUAAACAACUAACUGAUGCAGCGAAUGAUGCAAUAAACAACGCUAUCGCUAAUAUAGUCGUACUAAAUAACACAUACUACGAACAAAUUGACCAAUCAAACGAAGCUUGCUUCUAUCUCCCUGAAGCAGUACCCAAUCAGCCCGUUGAGUUUGUUGGUCAAUGCGACGAGACGAUACCUGCAAUGCCAAACUUUAUACCAGCAAGAUAUCUAGGAAAAUGGCGUUUGAUCGAAAGCUACCCAGAACAAUUCCAAUCAGGUGAAUGUAACGACGCAACUUAUACUCUCAAUGCGGAUGGCGCCACAGUGGACGUCUACAACACGCAAGUUAUAAAUCAACAACUCGAUACCAUCAAUGGAAGAGCUGUUGUAGCUUCUACUGACGGCAGCGCUAAGCUAUCGGUAACAUUCCCUGACAGCCUCGAACCAGCUCCAUACUGGGUUUUAGAUACAGAUUAUGACUCCUUCGCAUUAGUAUACAGCUGCAGAAACUUAGCCAACAACCGGCGCAGAGUUACUAGCUGGAAACUCAGUCGAACAUCCCAACUAACAGCUAACGCAGUGGAUAGGAUUAAUCAAGUUGUCAACAGGAUCAAUGUCCUGAACAGUCGUUAUUACGCGCGUGUUGACCAGUCCGACGCCGCUUGCUUCUAUUAUCCUACUCCUGGUCUUAGUACACCUAUCUUCCGGGGACAGUGUGACGAAAAUAUUCCAGUUGUUAACAAUUUCGAUGCUGCUUCAUACUUGGGCUUGUGGCAUAACAUCCAAUCCUAUCCAAGUCAAUUCCAAGGCGGCUCAUGUAACAAUGCGUAUUACUCCCUUGGUGAUGGAGUGGUUGAUGUUUUCAACACUCAAGUCGUCAAUCAGUCCCUUGACACUAUGACUGGAGUUGCAGUCUUCGCAACCACACCAAACAUUGGCAAACUAAUUGUCAGCUUCCCCGUAGCCGGAACCAAUUUUACAACAGAAACACCAUACUGGGUCCUCGCCACCGACUUUAAUAGUUACUCACUCGUAUACACUUGUGUCAACAUUGAUCCAGAUUAUCGAAUGGUUUGGUCCUGGAAGCUAAGUAGGACAAAACAAUUGACGGCGGCCGCAGCAACAGCAAUUAAUGCAGUAACAAAUGCCAUACCAGUUCUGGACGAGAGAUACUAUAAUCCGAACGACCAAACUGAUCAGGGCUGUUUCUACUAUCCAGAACCUCAACCAGGGAAACCAGUAGUAUACCCUGGACAAUGUGACCAAAAUAUACAAGCUAUACCCAACUUUAACAUGACUGCAUUCCAAGGCACUUGGUAUGAAAUAUCGGCGUAUCCAAAGGAGCCACAAAGUGGACAAUGUAUCAAUCACGUCUAUUCCCUGGACUCUUCAAACAGCUUGAAUCUUGUGUCUUCUAAUGUCAUAGACCAAAUCUUUGGAGUCACUAACAGCAGAGUGACCUUCGCCUCAGCUCAAGACUCGAGUGGACGAUUGUCUAUCACACUUACAUCUGGCGGAUCUAAUAUCGUAAUACCAUUCUGGAUUUUGGACACUGAUUAUACUGACUACGCAUUGGCUUACAGCUGUGUCAACAACGUCCAGUCUAACUCUAGAGCAGUUUACAGUUGGAAAUUAAGUAAAUCAAAAACCUUAUCGGCUGCUGGAAAUAUCGCAAUCGAUGACAAAAUAGCCCAAAUCGAUGUUCUCGAUGAGAGGUACUAUGAAAGCAUCGACCAAUCAGAUAGAGCGUGCUUCUUUUUACCGGAUGUGAGGCCUGGCGAACCCGUAGUGUUUAAUGGACAGUGUGAUCCAAAUAUUCCCGUUGUCCAAAACUUCAGACCGGAUGCGUACACCGGCCGUUGGCGUAUGAUUGAAACUUACACAUCGGACUUCCAAAGCGUCCAAGGUUCCUGUAUUGACGCCACCUACACCCUCACCCCCGCUGGCACAGUAGACGUCUAUAACACACAAGUUAUUAAUCAGGCACUAGACACUAUCACCGGUAACGCGACUUUGGCUACGACAGACGGCAGUGCAAAAUUGCUGGUUAAUUUCCCUACCACUACGCAAUCGUCUGAUUAUUGGGUCCUCGACACUGACUACACCUCAUUCGCUUUCGUCUACAGCUGCCGCAACAUCAAUCCACAGCAACGUAGAGUCUGGAGUUGGAAACUAAGUCGCACAAGAGAGCUGUCGGCCGUCGCCACACAACGGAUCAACCAAGUGAUCAGCACAAUCGACGUAUUGAAUGAACGCUAUUACAAUAGGAUCGAUCAUUCUGAUAAUGGCUGUUUCUACUUCCCCACGGCCGAUGGAAACCCGGUGGUUUUCAGAGGACAGUGUGAUGAAAACAUUCCAGUUGUCACCAACUUUAACGCCGCUUUGUAUAUGAACACGUGGUAUGACAUAGAGAGCUACCCUGUCCAGUUCCAAGAUGGCACAUGUCCGACAGCCACAUACACGUUGACUUCCACCGGGGUCGAGGUCUUCAACACACAGGUCGUUGGACAGCAGCUCGACACAAUCGAAGGAUUCGCAGUACCCGCUACAACUGAUAAUUCUGCCAAAUUAAAUGUCUCUUUCCCUAUCGCUGGCACCGAUCUUACAACAUAUUCACCAUACUGGGUUUUGGCUACCGACUACACUAACUAUGCUUUUGUAUACUCUUGCGUCAAUAUUAAUGAAGAGUAUCGUAGAGUGGGCAGCUGGAAAUUAAGUAGAACAAAAUCCCUAACUCCGGCAUCGAGUACCGCAAUCAACAAUGUCAUCAACACUAUACCGGUUCUCAGACAAGAUUAUUACCUCACGAGAGGUCACACGGACGAAAAUUGCUUCUACUACCCCGACAAUAACGGUGGUCCGGUAGUUCAGGACGGACAGUGUGAUUUCAGCAAUUUGAAUAUCGUAACUACCUUCAAUUCUAACGCAUUCUCAGGACCUUGGUACGAAAUAUCUAGGUAUCCCUCAGAACUACAGGAAGGUGAAUGCGUUACCAACGAAUUCAAUACAAUCAACCAGGAAUUCCGUUUAACUCAAAGAAUUGUAAAUAAUGAACGAGAAAGCACUUAUUCCGGACCCGUAACACUGUCGAAUGAUGGACGAGGAGUUCUUACUGUGAAUCUUACAAACGAUGAAGGAGAUACCUUCGAAACGACGCUAUACGUAUUGGACGUAGACUACACUGAUUACGCCUUAUUAUACGGUUGUAGAAACAUCAACAAUACAAAUAAACAAGUGUACAGUUGGAAGCUCAGCAGAGCUCAGAGCGGACUCUCAACAAAUGCUAACAACAGAAUAAACCAAAUAGUGUCAACAACACGUGAACUCUUCGAAAAUUACUACGAUGAAACCGACCAGACGCUCUCGGGUUGUUUCUACUACCCCGUGUUCACUGAACCGCCAGCAAAUAUCGAAUUGCUGGGACCAUGUGACCAAACAAUCAGAGCCAAAGCUAACUUCAAUGUUACAGCUUAUCUCGGCAAAUGGUACGAAAUAUCCAGCUACCCUCAACCCUUCCAAAGUGGGGAAUGCGCGCGCGCACAAUACAGCACCGGUACUGGAGCAACCGUAAACGUCUUCAACACUCAAGUCAUUAAUCGUAAACUUGAUGUACAAACUGCUACAGCUGUUGUAGCAUCUACGGACGGAAGUGGACUAUUGGAUGUCACAUUCGUCUUGGAUAAUGGAGUGACGAACGUAGUCAACUAUUAUGUACUCGAAACUGACUAUACCAGCUUCGCCCUCGUGUACAGCUGCCGUAGCUUACCAACUGGUAGACGACAAGUCACCAGCUGGAAGUUAUCUCGUAGUACAACUCUGCCAAGUCAAGCUGAACCCAUCAUCAACAACAUCAUCGAUAACACUCAAGGUCUCAAGAAUGAAUACUACUUAGCUACCAAUCAGUCUGAAGAAGCCUGUUUCUACAUCCCGGAUGUUAACAAGAAUGAAGCACCAUUGUUCAGAGGACAGUGUGGUGACAUACAAGGCGUACAAAACUUUGAUGUUCAAAAGUACCUUGGUUGGUGGCAUGAAAUCGAAAGCUACCCAACUGACAAUAACAAAGGAACCUGCGUCAGCUCACGAUUAGAACAAAUCGGAAACGAAUACCAGAUUACCGAUACCAAUGUUUUCGAUUUAAAUGCUCAAGUCAAUACCAGCACAGUAACAGUAAGCACUAAUGGAAGAAUAAGAAAAAGUUACAGCAACGGUGAAGUUAUUGAUAUGUGGGUGUUGGCAACUGAUUACGAAACAUAUUCGCUCCUUUACUCUUGUGAAAACGUGGACAGUCAAUAUAGACGCGUAUGGAGUGCGAAACACAGCAAAACUCGGACACUCUCUGAAAAUGCCCAAAACGCUAUGAAUUCUGUUAUCGAGGCUACUGAAACCCUUGAGGCCCAAUUCUACCAGCCAGUUAAUCAAUCCGAUACCGAUUGCUUCCAUUAUCCUACUCCGAAUGGAAUCCAAGUCAUCUUACCUGGACAAUGUGACCUUGGAAUACCCGUUCUGCAGGACUUCAAACCAGCUGAGUACUCUGGCACGUGGUACCAAAUCGAACGCUACCCUCAACUGUACGAGAACGGCACAUGUGUGGGCGCGCGAUACACACUCAAUGAGAACACUGGCGUUGUCACUGUUCUCAACUGGCAAGUCGUCGAUGGAGUCCUAGAUACGAUCGAAGGAACUGCUACUGUGAACUCCACCGACGGCAGCGCUAAGCUGAUUGUCAAUUUGCCGUCUCGUGAUGAAGAUGCCGAGGAUACACCCACGAAGUCGAUGGAACUAUAUGUCUUGACGACGGAUUACAUAUCCUAUUCAUUGGCAUACAGUUGUAUUAAUGUCGGACCAUACGAACGAGCUGUUGGUGUUUGGAAGCUUAGUCGUACACGAACAAUGACAGCCGACGGUGACGCCAAAAUAAACGCACACUUGGAAACGCGACAGGAGCUGCACCAGCCGUACUUCGUCCGCGUCGAACAGCAGGAUGACUGCGCCGAACCGAGUUCAGCUAAUUUAUUCAAAAGCAGUAUUAUAAUUAUAUUAAUAUGUAGUAUUAUGCAGCGCCUGUUAUAAUUAUUUUAAAGAUUAAGUACUUAAUUAAAAUGUGAUUGUUUUUCUCCCAUUUGUAUAUACAACUAUACAUGUAAAAUAUCAAAUAUCAGGUGAAUAUUAUUAAAUUUGUUUUUGAUUCAAUAACAGAUUCAAAAAAAUCGAAUAUGACAAACUUGUGAAGGUUAAAAAUGAU